ACAAAAUGGUCGUCGGAGACAGUAGUGCAUGACUUCAAUAACAAAUUGCUCACCGAUUUGAACGAAGCUUGUCCUGUGGUCAGAAAAUCAGAAGAUCACAACACAAAAUUGAUGCCGCAAUGUCAUUGAAGGCUAAUGAUCUGGGAUUUGUGAACUGUCCUGUUUGCAGAGCCAGACAUAUACCUGCACCUUCCAAUCUGAGCAAUGGUGUUUAUGCAGCUGACUGUCUCAACUGUGGCCAUUUUUUUAAAUUUCGUACAACCCAACCUGUACGCUCCAGUUUUAGUUUUAAAAUCAAUGGUCAAGAUGUUACAGUUGGAAACGAGUUUGAGCCUACUACGUCAUUAAAUGAGUUUCUGAGAAAGAAAGGGAUAUCGUAUGGUACUAAGAAAAUGUGUAUAGAAGGGGGAUGUGGUGUCUGUGUUGUUUCUGCUAAAAUUGUAGAUGCCUUGACUCUGCAACCUCGCCACUAUACAGUUAAUUCAUGUAUUGUUCCCGUAUAUAUGUGUGAUGGCUGGGAAAUUACUACUAUAGAAGGACUGGGUAAUACACGGGAUGGAAUUCACCCGAUCCAGCAACGUCUAGCUGAUUAUAACGGCACCCAAUGUGGUUUCUGUAGUCCUGCACAAGUCAUGAAUAUGUAUAGUUUACUUCAAACGAAUCCGAAACCUUCCAAGGAAGAAGUAGAAGAUAUGUUGAAUGUAUCAGUAUGCAGAUGUACAGGAUUUCGCUCUAUUUUGGAUGCCAUGAAAUCUUUUACCCCAGAUUCCUGCUCUAAUGGUUUGCCAACUGGACUGAUUGAUAUAGAGGAAUUAGAUGGUAAGAUUUGUAAAAAGACUGGUGAAAAGUGUCAAGGGAAAUGUUCCACCACUAAUGAAGCCAAUAAGAUGCUUCAAAUAGUCACAGCGGGAGCUCAAUGGUUUAAACCAACCACCAAACAAGAAUUAUAUUCCUUACUUGCCCAAUAUAAAACACAGAAAUACAGACUUGUUUUUGGAAAUUCUGCUUAUGGUGUCUAUAAAGAUUUAGGAGACUGGAAUUAUGAUGUAAUUAUAGAUUUACGUGGUGUUCAGGAGUAUUACUCCCUCAUUACUGGAUCAUCAGGGACUACAAUUGGAUCUAAUAUGACGUUAACAAAUCUACUGGAAUAUUUUACUUCGCAACAAACCAGCGAUCCAGCUCUGAAACAGUUUUACGACAGCAUUUGUCAACAUUUAGAUUUGGUGGCUACCACUUCUGUUAGGAAUUUAGGAACAUGGGCUGGUAAUCUGAUGAUGAAAUACUACCAUCCAGAGUUUGUAUCUGAUAUUUAUGUUAUAUUCGAGGCUAUUAAUGCUCAGCUUGUCAUUGCUGAUGAGACAGGGAAAGAAAGCAGUUAUUCCAUCAGUGAAUUUCUGGCGUUAGAUAUGACGGGGAAAGUCAUUGUUAUGGCUAAAAUACCUUCUUUUAAUGGAACUUCAAACAUCAUCAGAACUAUUAAGACCAUGCCAAGACAUCAGAAUGCCCAUACUUACGUGUCAGCUGGUUUUAAUAUGAAUAUAGAUGCUGGCCAGAACUAUAAAGUUUUAACCAAACCUACAAUUGUUUACGUUGGGAUCAACAAAACUUUUACUCAUGCUAGCCAGACUGAAGAUUAUUUAGUAGGCAAAUCACUAGGUGAUUCCACUGUUUUAAAUGGUGCUCUACAGACUCUGGCUAAAGAGCUAAUACCAGAUGCUGAAACCUCUCUCACUCCAGCCUCUUAUAGGAAAAGUGUAGCUAUAUCAUUAUUCUAUAAGUAUGUAUUGGGAGUUUGUGAUAGUAUUGUCAAUAAGAAAUAUCAAAGUGGUUCAGCCGGGUUAACCCGUCCUGUAUCGUCAGGACAACAGACUUUUGACAGCCUACCCGCUGAAUUCCCAGUAUCCAAAGCCAUACCUAAAGUUGAUGGCACCUUACAGACGACUGGUGAGGCGGAGUAUAUCAGUGACACACCACCACAACCUAAUGAAGUCUAUGCUGCCUAUGUUAUCAGUUCUGUUGCUAAUGCUGAAAUUGACUCAAUGGAUGCUUCUCUAGCUUUGUCUAUGCCUGGUGUAUUAAAGUUUCUGACAUCCAAAGAUAUUCCCCAAGGUGGAGUCAACAAUUGUUAUCCAGAACGUUUACUGGUCAUAGAGGAAGAGGUAUUUUGUAGUGGUAAAGUUAUAUAUGCAGGCCAGCCUCUGGGUCUGAUAGUGGCAGAGGAUCAGAUGCAAGCCAACAUUGCUGCUGGACUAGUGCAGGUGACUUACAAGAAUAUGAAGACUCCAAUACUAUCUAUAGAUGGAGCAAUUAGAGCCAAGUCAUUCUUUAAACCUCCAGAUCCAUUAAAUGUUGGUGACCCUGAUGGUGCCAUUGCCAAAUCAGAUCAGAAAAUCAAUGGUCAAGUUUAUUGUGGUGAUCAGUAUCAUUAUCAAAUGGAGACACAAAUUAGUAUCUGCUACCCUACAGAAGAUGGUAUGAACAUUCUAGCUGGUACUCAGUGGAUUGAUGGUGUUCAACAAUCUGUAGGCCAGGUACUUGGUAUCCCAGACAGUAGUAUUGUAGUUGAAGUUAAAAGACUUGGAGGUGCUUUUGGUAGUAAAAUAUCCAGAAAUUUUCCAAUAUCUUCUGCUUGUGCUGUGGCAGCUCAUAUAUUACGAAGACCAGUGAGACUACAACUUGAUUUUCACACCAAUAUGAAAAUGAUUGGUAAAAGAGUUCCCUACCUGGCAAGAUAUGAGGUGGGAUGUACCAAUGAUGGAAAAUUAAAUGGAAUUAAGAUAGAUUAUUACGCUGACUGUGGUACCACACCAAAUGAUAUGUCCAAUUUUGCCAUGGAGGGCUGGUUAGAUAAUGCAUAUUACUGUGCCAAUUGGAAUAUGACACCGUAUAAUUGUAGAACCAACAAACCACCAAAUACAGCUGCUAGAUCUCCUGGAUCAGCCCCAGCAAUGUUUAUAAUAGAAACCAUCAUGGAACACGUUGCUAAAACUUUAAAGCAAGAUCCACUGGAGCUGCGUAGAGUCAAUUUAUACCAAAAAGGACAGAAAACACCUGGAGGAACAACUUUAACCUAUUGUAAUAUACAGCCUAUGGUGACUCAACUAGAAUCAUCAGCAGAUAUUGCUACUAGAAAACAACAGAUAGAAACCUUUAACAGUGCUAAUAGAUGGAAGAAACGUGGUAUGUCAGUGAUGCCAUUAAGAUUUGGUAUUGGUUGGGCAGGAGCUCAGUAUAAUACAUUAGUUACUAUUUGUAAUGGGGACGGCACUAUUGCUAUAUUUCAUGGUGGAGUCAAUGUUGGACAGGGCAUCAAUACAAAGGUGAUUCAGGUUUGUGCCUAUGAACUGGGAGUACCAAUGGAUAUUAUUCGAGUGAAGAAGACCUCGUCAGUUUCUAACAGUAACUCUAUUACUACAGGAGGCAGUAUAACUUCAGAACUUAUUUGUAUGACUGUAAUUGAAUGCUGUAAAGCUCUAAAUGCCAGAAUGGCGCCAGUCAAAGCGAAAAUGAAAAAUCCAAAAUGGAAAGAUCUGGUGGCGAAAUGUUAUGGUGAAGGUGUUGAUAUUACUGCUAGAUACAUGUCUGAACCAAAAGACAGCAGUCCGUUUGCUCACUAUAGCGUGUAUGGUGUUUGUGCCAGUGAGGCUGAAUUGGACGUCCUAACAGGAGAAUAUCAAAUACUGAGAACAGACAUAUUAUACGAUUGUGGAAUCAGUAUGAAUCCAGCAUUAGACAUUGGUCAGGCAGAAGGUGGAUUUGUCAUGGGUUUAGGAUAUUUUCUACUAGAAAGAACGAUUUACGAUCCAAAAACAGGAGUAAACUUGACAUCCAAUACAUGGGAAUAUCACCCACCAAUGUAUAAAGACAUUCCAAUAGAUUUUAGAAUUAACUUCUUAAAGAAUGUUUCAAAUCCUCUAGGUGUACUAGGAUCCAAAGCUGUUGGUGAGCCACCAUUCUGUAUGGCUGUAACUGGUCUGUUAGCUGUUAAACAUGCUAUAGAGGCUGCUCGUAAAGAGAUUAAUAAAGACAUGUACUUUACUUUGAAUGCUCCAGCUACAGUGAAUGUUAUUCAAGGAAACUGUUUAACAGAUGUUACAGAUUUAACGUUUGGAAACUAGAAGCUAACAUCUUUGUUUUUUUCCAAUUUGAAAGGCUUUAAAUAGUGUGUCAUCUAUUUGACACCCCUCAUUCUUAAAUGAACUCUCCCAUGCACAUGCAUUCUUACACACAAAUGUUUUGCUAAAUCAACGAAAUUUUUUGUUGCCAAAUAAUUUCAAGCCUUGUAAAUGAUGUGUUUAUUAAUAUACAUGUAUAACGUCUAGUUAAGGGAUGUUGAUUUGACUGUAUUUACCAGUCAUGUCUGAUUAAAAUUACAAUUUGCAUAUACAACCAACUUGAUAUUGAAAUUAUUUUCCACUCUCAGUUAUAACUGGCAUAUUGCAAUCCUAUGAUCAGGGCUAUUAAUAUUUAGCAGUAUUUGCCAGUCAUGUCUGACUGUUGUUUUCAUCUAUCUGAAAAAACAACUGAUAUUGACUUUUUUCUCCAUGCACUGUGAUUACUAAGAUAUUGUGAUACUGUUCUUAAAUUGUCUCCACUUUGCUGAGUAUUCUCAAGCUUUGAGAUUUUCAUGUAUUUUUUAUUUUUAUUUAGGAGAAAGAACAAAAUAUUGUAAAAUAAAAUAAAAAUGAUGUACACAUGAUUCUGUUUAAAUACAAUUAAUUGAUAUCUUUCUUUGUUCAGAUGAAUUUGCAAAUUUUUCCAUGUUUUUUCCAAUAAUGCCAAAAGGUGGUAAUCUUUGUUUUUUGUAAUAAUUAGUC